AUGGACGUCAAGAAUGACUUUGAAAAUGUCCGUAAGUCGUUGAAUCUUGACAAUCUAGAAACUGAGGUUAAUAUAGAAUCAAUGCUUUUAGUUGUCUAUGAUCUCAUUAAGGACAUAGAAGGGGGCGUCAAGAAGCCCAAGACCGUGUCCAAAAAGAAGGGCAAAGGGAAGCCCAGUAAGGCUCUCUGGGAAUCCACAAAGAAGCCCGGCAAGGCUCUCAAGAAAUCCACAAAUAAGCCCAGUAAGGCUCUCUGGAAAUCCACAAAGAAGCCCAGCCAGGCUCUCAAGAAAUCCACAAAUAGGCCCAAGAAGGUGACCGAUGAGGAUCGCGAUGAGACGACGGCCUUGGUGGUCUAUGAUCCAAGGAAGGCCCUAGAGAAGGUGACCGAAGAGGAUCGCAAGGAGACGACGGCCUUGGUGGUCUAUGAUCCAAGGAAGGCCCUAGAGAAGGUGACCGAAGAGGAUCGCAAGGAGACGACGGCCUUGGUGGUCUAUGAUCCAAGGAAGGCCCUAGAGAAGACUGCGGUCACCCUAGAGAAGGUGACCGAAGAGGAUCGCAAGGAGACGACGGCCUUGGUGGUCUAUGAUCCAAGGAAGGCCCUAGAGAAGGUGACCGAAGAGGAUCGCAAGGAGACGACGGCCUUGGUGGUCUAUGAUCCAAGGAAGGCCCUGGAGAAGGAACCCGCAAAGCCCAGCAAGGCUCUCAAGAAAUCCACAAAGAAGCCCGGCAAGGCUCUCAAGAGACCCACAACGAGGGCUCUUAAGAAGAUGGGCAUAGAUAAGGAAGGAUAG